AAGAACGUCCCUGAAAUGGCUAAAAGUUGUAAAUAAGUAUAAAAAUUGUAUACAUCUAAGUUUGUAUAGUCCCAAAACCUGUUUAAAGAAUAUUUCAAGAUUCCCAUUCCCAUGAAACGGCAUUCUGUCAGGGAAUCAGUGAUGAUAUGUACAGUAGAUGCGAGAAUAAAUCAAUAAGUGUGAUUACAAUGACAUUAAUAAGUGAAAUUUCUAUGUUUUUUGUUUAUAUGUUCUUCAGAAGAAGAGUCUUGGUUCUGGUCUUCCAUGAGACGCGUCUUCAUAUUUUCUCUUUCUGGAUACCAGCCUUUAAGAAGUGUCAAAGAAGGGUUUGCCAAUUGCAGUUGCCAACUCAGUUGACCAAUGGGGGCGUGGAAAACUCAUUACGCACGGGUGCCUCCUUAUCUACACACAAACACACAAACCUACACACACAUACGCACGCACACUAUGUCCGCUUCUGUCUCAUAGGACCCCAAAAGUGAAGUUUUAGGGCUCAAGGACGAGAAUGGUAAACCUGGAGGUCCAAAAGCAGCAGAGCGCGUCCGUCCACUGAGCCUGUCCGUUCCUGGAGCAUCAGAGCAGGAAGCUGAAGAGAGGACCUUCAUGGCCAUGUUUUCUUCCACUCCUUUCUCUGUCAGGGACAUUCUGAACCUGGAGCAGGCGCAGGGCGACGUGGCUCCGCUAGACAUGGACAGCUCCUCCUGCAUGCUGGCCGCCUUCAAGCAGGAGCCCGCCUUCAUGGACGUGCAGCCCGGAGCCACCGCGGCCGCUCUCUUCGGUCACGACGAGCCGCAGGACAGCAAAGGCCAGAGAGGCAGCGCUGCCCUCGGAUACGAGCCUGCCUUUUAUGGCAAGGAUUUCUUAGAGAUGGAGCUGGAAAAAGAGGCCAAGACGGACGACGCGUUUGAGGGCAAAGACAGAAAAGCCUCCUCCACCUGUCCCCCGGCUGAAGAUCAGCCCAGACCGUCCGGCUCGGCUCGCUCAGCCCCGCGGAAAAGGAGGAAGCCGCGCGUGCUCUUCUCUCAGGCGCAGGUGUGUGAGCUCGAGCGGCGCUUCACACAGCAGCGCUACCUGUCCGCGGCCGAGCGCGAGCACCUGGCAGGCGCGCUGCGACUCACCUCCACGCAGGUGAAGAUCUGGUUCCAGAACCGCCGCUACAAGUGCAAGCGGCAGCGGCAGGAGCGCGCGCUGGAGGCGGCUGGUCUCGGGGCGCCACGUCGCGUAUCAGUGCCGGUACUCGUGCGCGAUGGCAAGCCGUGCCUCGCGGACGCAGCGGCGGCGGCAGCGGCCUACGGCGGCUCGUGCAGUAUGGGCGUGAGCGCCUUCCCAUACGGAGCUUACCCGACCUUCGGGAGCUUUCCGAGUCCUGGAACCACGAACUACGCGUGCAACUACUCUGCCGCCACGGCGAGCAUGCCCUCCAUUCACCACUCAGCUUCACCGUCCAACGGCAACUACAUGAAUUUUGGGGAGUUAAAUAACGUGCAGACCCCCCUGCAAUCCGGUGGCGGGGUCUCCUCGCUGCACGGGAUACGCGCCUGGUGAACGAGCUUCUGGAACUCACUUCUGUGAACGUUGGGGUGCUAAAGUCUUGUAGUAGAUGCGAGAAGGUACAUGUACUCGACACGUGCAGUGUUCUCCUGUUUACACACUAUGGUAAUAAUAACGUGAUUUAAACUACGUGACUCCGAUUUGUCUUCGAAUUGUUCCAGAAAAAAACGCUUUUGUUUUUUACAAAGAACCAUGAAUGCAGUAGAGAAUAACUUUUGGUAACGCUUUACUUGAUGCCAAACCAAACUGAACUCUCAAUUGAAUUAAAUCCUAACCCUAAACCCUAUACCCUAACCUUAACCUGUAAGUGUUAGUUUUAGGGUAAGAUAUACAUUUUAGAUUAUUGUUAUGGCUAGGGUUAUGUUUAGGGGUUGAUUUGAGGUUCAGUUUAAAGAUAGCAUAAGCAUUGGGAAUCAUUUACAUUCAGCUGGAAAUUCAGUUGCAAUUAAUAGAUAUUCAGUUUAAUGUUAGUUGAACGUCAGUUGAAUGUUAAUUGAACAUAUGAGGCCUCUAUAAUGGACCAUCCAAAAAAGUAAUACGGAACAUUCUAAAAGUUUGAGGAACCUUCACACGGUCAAAAAAAUAAAUAAAUAAAAAUAAUUGAGUAAGGGUUGAAUAACAUUUUUACCAAGUUUUAUCAAGGUAUUUAUUUUGAAGUGCACUUGUAAAUGUUUUCAUUAUUAAAUCAAAAGUGUUUUUUCUCCGUCAACGUUUGAAGAACUAUUUGAAGCACAUUUAUUUUAAAAAGUAUUGUCAUCCCUACAUUUGGUGAACAUCUUGCGAGAAACCUAAGCUGCAUGCUAAAAAUUACUUGUGGGCCCUAAGCUAUAGUACUAUUAAUGUUACUAUCCCAAAAACAUUCAGCACUGACUGAGGAGAGAUGGGGUCAAUUAGAUGUUAAUUACUGGGUCUGUCUUCAAGAUAGAUUGAUUUUGGUUUGGACUUUGGUUGGCGUAGCACAGUGGGUACCAAAAAUACACUCACUGUUAAAGACUGGAUGCAAGUAAAAAUAAGUGUACAAGUACAUUUUGGGAAACAUUUUAAAGAAUGAAAUGUAUAAUUUUGUCAUAUCCAUCUUCUGCAAAAGACAUAGAGGAUGUUUAAUGUCACCAGUGCUGGGAGUGUGAAUUCCACAUGAUGCACCACUGCAUUUUUUCAAACUGCCAUUAUUAACACAAUGUCACUGGACAGCUCAACACACUUGGAUGAGAAUCUGCAUAUAACAUCAGCUAACAGUCUAAAACCAUUCAGAAUCAGUGAGGCUGGUUAUGCUCCCAAAGACUCGCGGAUGGCUGUGGCAUCACCAGGGAUUGAACUGGCCACAAAGACUUUUUAACAGUAGUGUUUUGUUCUUUGUGAAAAAUUUUGUUGUAAUUUGCUGUGAAUUAAAGCUUUGGGUUAUUUAGUUAGACGUCCUUUGAAAUGUGAGGGGCAUAAGUUAUUAUAAUUAUCAAUAUUAUUUGUAUUAUGUUUAAGUGUGGUGUAUUCUAUGUAUAAAUACAUUAUUUUUACUGUAUUCAUCCUCUAAAUCCUUUACCUGCUGUAUAAAUGGCGUACUACAGCAGGUGUUCAGUGCACACAAUAAAGACAUAGGUUCAGGUGUGCUAUUUUCUUUUUUUUUGCUGUUGUGUUUUCAGUCUUUUAUUUGGGUGACCACUCCAAGCGGACCCACACUUUAAAAGUGACUGAAACCCUGCAGGUCAGAUGGUGGGAGAUUUGAGAGACUUGGUUUCAAGACUGCAGGCUGGAGAUAUGCAGGGUGCAUUUAAAUCCAAAUAUGGUACUUGAUGAUUUUGAGAGGCAUGAUAUGAUACUUGUAAACUGAAAAAUAAAGUGUUUGCAAAAAUGAA